AUGGCUCUCUCUUCCAUGUUCGAGUACAGCGAUGGCUCCAAACCGGGACCUCAACACCCAGAUUUAUUCGCAAAGAGCGCGCCAAGUCAUCGCAAACAGCUUGAAUAUUUCGCUGGCACGUUCCAGUCGACUGUCCGUGAGCACUCUCUAGCCGAACGCAAAACUUAUCGGCCCGGCCAAAAUUACGCGGAGCGAGCAAAGCAAUGGACUGUAUCCGAGCAGAAAGAUACGACUGUAGUGGAACAUAAUCCUUCUGAAGGAACUCCAAACCAUGGAGAGUCCCAGCAGACUUUGAGGGAAAAGCGUAAUGCCGAACUUCGUUCACAAUCAACCGAGUCUUGGCCGACAUCCUCUCCAGAGCGACGUUCCGUUAAUCCACCAGACUUUGCCACAAAGUAUAUGUCCUAUGUACCUACCAAAUCCGGUGCUCACUACGGUCGUGAAGGGUUGGUUGAAGAUUUCGCUCACGUAGAAGCGUGGAUAGACUUCGUCGCCCGCGAUGCUCGCUACGCUGGUGGCAACGAGGCCGAACACAAUCGAAUUUGGCUUGACCGAAAGUCCUGCUCAGAUAUCUUACGGCUAUUGGUCAUUGACGCUGCCAUAACAUCGGACUUGGCGAGGAAGAUGUACAUGGUCGAAACGAUACUCCUUCUUGCGCAUCACCCGCAAGUGGGCCUCAAAGCAUUCGUCAGCGACGGCAUGGCCUGCUGCAACAUAAGUGUUGGCUUAACCUCACUAAUCGAGAUGGUCAUCGUACCUUUCGUAUAUCUGAAUCUUCUCUGGACCUAUAUCGAUGGCAAACCGUCCUCUCCGUUGCUGCAGCCACGCGAGCGCCUGCAAGAGUACGAGUACAGUCAUUAUCGCAACUCUACAUUUGCAAAUCUAUUACCGCGACCGGCAUAUAUGAAUACGCAAAGCUUCAAUAACAUGCUAAAGGUGGUGCUGGAGGAGCACGGUCAUGUAGUCGAACACGUUUUCUUUAAUCCUCUUCUUGCUCCUUACGAUAGCGGGAGACGGUCUAAAUAUCUUGAACCUUAUCAAAGGAGGCAUAAAGACGAAAGUAUGAGAAGAGAGCGAGAUGUCUUUACCGAUUUACCCAUGCUGAAAGAAGCAUUGAAGGGGACGUGGAAGAUGCUAAUCUACUGCGACAUGCUGUUCAAAGAGAUUGGGCAGCCUAUCAAUUGGGAGUAUGUGGUCCUAAACAGCAUCAGCGAUCUCUUUCCGCAUAAAGGUGGGUUUGAGAGGUUGACAGAAAUGGGCUGGGUGGACUAUGAAUUGGAUCGAGAAGAGCAUGGAAGCUUCGGGUUUUUCGCUACCGACAAAGGUAAUGACGGAGCGUCGUAA